GAGCUAAUAGGACAAAAACAAAACCCACGUGUUGACAUCUUCAGUUGUGUUUUUUAUAAUCUAUUUGAUCUCCAGCUUGUAUCAUCUGUUAAUUUUGUUAUUUAAUUUAAUCUAUUGGCCAUGUCUUCAGAUGAUGAGUCUACCGUAUCAACAAAAAAAGAGCGUACAAGUUUGCGCGAUGCUCGUGAAGGGAAGACUAUUUUUGUUAAAAGCCUUUCUUUCGACUGCAAGAAAGAUGAUUUGGUCAAUUUCAUGACUGAAUUUGGUGAAUUGGAAUAUUGUAUGUUUUGUAAAGAUGAAUUUGGCCAUCCAAGAGGAACUGCUUUUGUGAAGUUUGUUAACAAAGAAGAUGCUGAUAAAUGUUUAGCAUCCUAUAGAAACGAACCUCAGAAAUUCGUUUUAGUUAAUCGCAAAUUUGAAGUAUUUCUAGCUGUUACCAAAGGUAAAGCUCAAGAAUUGAGUCAAAAGAGAAAAACUAAGCUACGAGAUAAACGGAAUCUGUAUCUAGCUAAAGAAGGGUUAAUUUAUCCAGAUUCUCCUGCUUCCGAAGGUGUCAGUCAAAAUGAUCUAAAAAAGAGAUUACAGCUUGAGGUGGCCAAACGAUCUAAACUUGGAAAUCUGAAUAAUUUUGUUUCCCGUAAUCGACUUUGUAUUCACAAUAUUCCCGAAGAUUACACAGAUAAGCAGCUGAGAAAUUUGUGUUUAAAAGUUAUUGAUAAUUCCAAAGCUAAAAUAACUGAGGCAAAAAUUAUUAGAAACGUCAAUCAGGCGGGUCUAGGUAAAUCGAGUGGUUUUGGUUUUGUCACUUUCUCGAGCCAUGCUGAUGCACUCCAAUGCUUACGACGUUUAAACAAUAAUCCAAAUACUUUUACUGCUCAUAAGAGGCCGAUUGUUGAAUUUUCAAUUGAGAAGUUAUCUGCUGUAAGAAAAAAGCGUAAAAAUGGUGAUUUCCACACAGAACAAGAUCAUACAGAUUUUACCGAUAUUCCAGACGAAGAGAUGGAUUAUAUGGGUGUAAAAGCGAAACCAUUCAAAGAAGAUGAACCUAUUGUACUCCCCAAGGUUAAUCGAAAAAUGUAUGAAAAUAUGGAAAAACUGAAAAAACGUGGUAAAUCGCUUCGACAAGAGGCCAAAAAGAUGAAAGUAAUGAAGCAAAUAAAGGAGGCUAAAGCAAAUCGUCAAAAGAAAAUAGAGAACAAACAAGAAGCAAACGAAUGGAGGAAGCUAAAAAUGAAGAAAAUGAAAAUGCAAAAAAAUGGAAAUAAAAAAAACCAUUAUGAUUGAUUAUUGUUCAUUUUUGCAAUUUCAAAUAUGUAAGUAAAUGUUAAUUUAACUGGUCAAUUUUACAGACACAGUAGCUAUUUCAAAAUAAAUAACUAUGCUUUAAUUGUUGUUUUAUUGUAAUAAUUAUUUGAUUUUUCUUACAAAUUAGUAAAAAUGCAACUAACAAAAGCUUUGUAAGCUUCAAACCUGUAAGGCAGUCAGUGAAUAAAAGUUUAAAAGACAAUUAUUAA